GCAUGCACCGGCUGGAGAGGGGAAAAUCAGGGCACUUGGCCGGGAUUGGUCGAACCAGGAUCCCAAUCCUGGUGCGGUGAUUGGUUAUUAGCGGCCGCCGGCACCCCCCCCCACCCCUUUGUGUCACGUGAGGUAAUCGCGGGCCGGAGUUCGUUGAACGGAGAGCGGGAGCGUAGGCAGCCGAGAUGAAGCAUUAUGAGGUGGAGAUCUUGGAUGCGAGGACUAAGCAGAAGCUCACCUUUCUGGACAAGGUGGAGCCAAAUGCUACUAUUGGAGAGAUCAAGGUUAUGUUCCACAAGAGCCAUGCUCAAUGGUAUCCUGCCAGGCAGUCCAUCAGGCUGGACCCAAAGGGCAAAUCAUUAAGGGACGAGGAAAUCUUGCAGAACCUCCCUGUUGGUACCACAGCUACCCUUUACUUCAAAGACCUUGGUGCUCAGAUUGGAUGGGUUACGGUGUUUCUCACUGAGUAUGCUGGGCCUCUGUUGAUCUACCUGCUCUUCUAUUUCCGGCUACCAUUUAUCUACGGUCCUAAAUAUGCUUUCACCUCAAGUCCCCAUUCAGUUGUGCACCUUGCCUGUAUUUGUCACUCCUUCCACUACAUCAAGAGGCUGCUGGAGACUCUGUUUGUUCACCGGUUUUCCCACGGUACCAUGCCAUUCCGAAACAUCUUCAAGAAUUGCACCUACUACUGGGGAUUUGCAGCAUGGCUUGCAUAUCACAUCAACCACCCGCUCUACACACCUCCUGCAUAUGGAGAUAAACAAGUGAAAAUUGCUCUUGCUAUAUUCCUGUUCUGCCAGAUUGGUAACUUCUCGAUUCAUGUGGCACUGAGAAACCUCCGGCCACCAGGCUCCAAGGCGCGCAGGAUCCCUUUCCCAACAAAAAACCCCUUUACCUGGCUUUUCCUCCUGGUGUCUUGUCCAAACUAUACAUACGAGGUGGGCUCCUGGAUUGGCUUCACUAUAAUGACUCAGUGCCUUCCAGUUGCGUUGUUUACACUGGUUGGGUUCAUCCAGAUGGCAAUCUGGGCAAACGGGAAGCAUCGCAGCUACUUGAAGGACUUCCGCGACUAUCCACCUCUGCGCACCCCAAUCAUCCCCUUCUUCUUGUAGAACACGGACUCAAUGAGCCUGGGCAGGGUGGUGAUUGUGACUACACACCCCCUUGUCUAUCUGUCUGUCCUGCAGUAAACCAAUCACGAGCUUCA